GGGCACAGAAGCUUCAUCUGAAGGUUAGGAGGGGUUUUCUGACUGUCACAUGGCCCCACCACCAACCUCCAACUGAGAGUUUGUUCCAGUCUUCCACCCUGUACCUGCCGAGCUGCCAUAUCACCUAUAAGCUGGAGGGAAGGAGUGUGAGACCAAGCCAGACACCAGUCAAUACUGGGGUUUUUUCAAGGAGGCUUGGGUUUUCCUGGUGCUCUUGUCUGCACAGGACCCCAGCACUCAGACCAAGAGCAGGAAGGAAGACCCUGCACCUGCUUCAGACAGGCUGACCAUCUUUUCUUUCCACAGGAGGAGCAGCUGAGCAGGGGCCAUGUUUCUGGGCUUCGUGUCCCUCACCCUCAUCUUCCUGGCAGCUCCUGGCACCUUGUGCAAUGCAAACAAUACUUGUAUUGGAAUCCCUGGCAUCCCGGGUGCCCCUGGGUCCCAUGGCCUGCCAGGCAGAGAUGGACGAGAUGGUGUCAAAGGAGACCCCGGACCUGCAGGUCCCAUGGGCCCCCCUGGAGGGAUGCCAGGUCUUCCGGGGCGUGAUGGGUUGGUCGGAGCCCCUGGCAGUCCUGGAGAGCAUGGAGAGAAGGGUGAACCUGGUGAGAGGGGCCCUCCAGGGUUCCCAGCUUAUCUAGAUGAGGAGUUACAAGGUGUACUCCACGACUUGAAACAUCAGAUCCUACAGUCCAUGGGUGUCCUCAGUUUUCAGGGGUCCAUGCUGGUGGUGGGAGAGAAGGUCUUCUCCACCAACGGGCAGUCAGUCAAUUUCCAGACCGUUCGAGAGUCAUGUCACAGAGCUGGAGGUCGCGUGGCUACCCCAGAGAGCCCUGAGGAGAACAAGGCCAUUGCCAGCUUUGUGAAGAAAUACAAUACAUACGCCUACCUGGGUCUGGAGGAGGGCUCCACCCUGGGUGACUUUUACAACUUGGAUGGAGCCCCUUUGAAUUAUACCAACUGGUACCCUGGGGAGCCCAGUGGUCAGGGCAAAGAGAAAUGUGUGGAGAUGUACACAGAUGGAAAGUGGAAUGACAAGGGCUGCCUGCAGUACCGGCUGGCCAUCUGUGAGUUUUGAGCAGGUCACAGGAUAGAUAUGAUUUGGCCUUACCUUUCAGCCUCUGCCCUAAGGAUUCCCCCUGACCUUUGAGCUGUUACUUCUUUUCACCAAAUCCACAUUCCAGUGGCUGCUAGAGGUAUUCUUAGCCACUCCACUCCACAGUAGACCUUGACCCCUCCAGUGAUUGCUAAUUCACCUGAUAGCCUUUGGGGCUCAUUCCUAGUGUUAAGCCUAAUCUAGGCAUCUCCCCUAACUCCACUAGCAAUACAGAUUUCCUUCUACCUCUCCUUGUCCAAGUCCUUCACUUAUCAGUGACAAUAGGAAGGUCCUAGCAUGGAAGACUCCCCCCCCACCCCACCCC